AUGCAAAACAGCUCCGCUUACCCACCUGAAGACAUGGAAUGGAAGAAGCUACCCGUGCCAUUGAGCGAGCUGCGCCUUUCCAGUGUCCUCCGCUGCGGUCAAUCAUUCAGAUGGAAAUCCUCCGGAAAUGAUGAAUGGUCCUGCGCACUGAGUGGCCGUAUAUUGUCACUCAAACAGGAUCAUACACAUCUUUACUACCGUGCGAUAUUUCCUUCUUCGGCGGUGGUCAAAAAGGAGGAAGACAAUAUCAAGAACGAGCAUGGUAUCAAACAUGAAAAUGGAGUCAUUGUAGACGAUACUGUCGAAUUAAUACGCGACUAUUUCAAUCUUUCUGUAAACUUGACAGAACUUUAUGAGAAAUGGUCCUCCCGCGAUCCCCAUUUCAAGAAGAAAGCCCCUUCUUUCACAGGAAUUCGAAUGCUCCGCCAGGAUCCGUGGGAAAACUUAGUAUCCUUUAUUUGCUCGUCAAAUAACAAUAUCAGUCGCAUCGGACAGAUGGUCGAGAAUCUCUGCAUAACAUUCGGCACUCCACAUGGGCAGCUCGGCGAGACACCCUACUAUGACUUCCCACCGCCAUCCCAACUCACGCCUGCUAGCGUCGAAGGGAAGCUCCGAAAUCUGGGAUUUGGUUACCGCGCCAAGUUCAUCCAUCAGACCGCACAGAUUGUUGCUGCGCGUGGAGAGGACUGGCUGCACGGGUUGCGGCACGUGCCGUAUCGGGAGGCACACGAAGCCUUAUUAGAGCUCCAGGGAGUAGGCCCAAAGGUGGCAGAUUGUGUGUGCCUGAUGAGCUUGGAUAAGAAGGAAAGCGUUCCAGUUGAUACGCAUGUUUGGCAGAUUGCUAUGCGUGAUUAUAAGUUCGGGAAGGGGAAGCAUAAGAGCCUGACCAAGGCGACUUAUUUGGCGAUUGGAGACCACUUCAGAGAACUCUGGGGGGAGGAAGCAGGGUGGGCGCAUUCGGUCCUAUUUGCAGCGGACUUAAAAGCAUUUGCGGUCAAGGAGGUCAAAAUUAAGAAGUCUCGCACCAAGACCGUAAAGAGAGAGGUGAAGGAUGAAGACUCAGAGAGUAGCAGUAACGGUGAAGACGCACCUGGUACUAGCACCACCGUGAAGAAAACAUCAAGGAAGCCCAAGGUAGAAGUCAAGAAUGAGGACGAAAUUGACGGUAGGGAGACUGAAAGAAAGGUGAAGCUUGAGGUCAGGGUUACGGACGAAGAUGAGGGUGGGAACGAAAAUGUCACGGGAACCGACACCGACACUGACACUGGAGUGAAGAGUAAAGAUAACGAGGUUGUCGAUAUUGAUACCGACACUAUGAGAAGGAGUAGGGGGAGGGUCGAAGUCGAGGUCAAAAAUGAAAAGCAAACUGACGAGGCUACUAUUACUAUAACGAGGAGAACUAGCAGGAGGAAGGUAAAGGUGGAAGUCAAGGAGGAGGACGAUGAUGACGAAGAAGAAGACGACGAAAAGCAAGAACAAGAAGGGAAAGUAGUUAAAAAGGAAAAGGCCAUCAAGAAAGAAAAGGCCGUUGUCAAGAAAGAGAAGGUUGUCGUCAAGAAGGAGAAGACUAUCAAGGAAAAAGCUAUAAAGAAGGAGAAAGUGGUUAAAGAAGAAGCAGGUUUAAGUUCAAAGAGGGUCUUGAAAGCUGAGGAUGAUGAGGAGGAGGAACUCGAUAUCAAGUCGGAAGACUUAGAUGUUGGGCUAACAAUGGCGGAUAGAAUCAAGAGGCGCAGAAGGCAUUGA